UCGUGCUGAUGAAUUUUGUCGGAAAGGAACGAAAGGAGUCGCUUCGCCUCGUUAUACGUUUGUUUACCCGUUGCUUUUUUCGGAAAUUAAAUAGCCUUUUUCUUCUCUACUGAAUACAAAUAUCUCGGAAUGGCGAAGCAUCACCCCGAUCUUAUAUUCUGCCGUAAACAGCCAGGAGUGGCUAUAGGACGCCUGUGCGAGAAGUGCGAUGGAAAGUGUGUGAUCUGCGAUUCUUACGUGAGACCGUGCACUUUGGUGCGCAUCUGUGACGAGUGCAAUUACGGAUCCUACCAGGGACGAUGCGUAAUUUGCGGUGGACCUGGAGUGUCUGAUGCCUACUACUGCAAGGAAUGUACGAUUCAGGAAAAAGAUAGGGAUGGAUGUCCAAAGAUUGUAAACCUGGGAAGUUCUAAAACGGAUCUUUUCUACGAGAGGAAAAAGUAUGGCUUCAAACAGCGGUAGACGGAAGUCUCCCACACUACCAUAAUUUUAAUAAUAUUGUAUUCGAAAUUCGACCCAAAUUAUUAACAAAAAAAAACACGCAUUUCCCAUAAAUCGCUAACAA